ACAAGUUGCAGAAAUCGUAGUAACGGUCGGCUUCGAAAUGGGAGAUCAGCCGUUACGAAUACUGGCGUGUGGGGAUGUUGAAGGGAAGGUGGAUGCUCUGUUCAACCGAGUGCGGACCAUACAGAAGAAAAGUGGGCAGUUCGAUCUGCUGCUUUGUGUGGGAGAGUUCUUUGGAACGACACCAGAGGCCGAAGCAGAAUGGCAGGGCUACAAAUCUGGAGCCAAGAAAGCUCCGAUCCACACUUACAUCCUUGGAGCAGCUACCCAGGAGACAGUGAAGUAUUUUCCCAGUGCUGAUGGCUGUGAGCUGGCUGAAAACAUCACCUACCUGGGUCGUCGCGGGGUGUUCACAGGGGCAUCAGGCCUACAGAUUGCCUACGUAAGUGGUCGGGAGGCCCUCCAGGAUCCGGCCCCAGCUCACUGCUUCACCCCUAAUGACCUGUCUGCCCUGGUGUCCCCGCUAUUGAAUAACUCAAAGUUCAAAGGAGUGGACAUCCUGCUGACGCCACAGUGGCCCAGAGGAGUAUGGCUAUACGGGAAUACCCCGGAAGUGAACUCAAAAUUUUGUGGAUCAGGUUCCAUUGCCAACCUUGCUGAGAAACUGAAGCCGCGCUACCAUUUUGCUGCACUAGAAGGUGCUCACUAUGAAAGAGUUCCCUACAGAAAUCACAUGGUCCUCCAGGAAAAUGCCCAGCAUGUCAGCCGCUUUAUCGCCCUUGCAACUGUCAACAACCCUGCCAAGAAGAAGUACCUGUAUGCUUUUAACAUAGUUCCAAUGAAGAUUAUGGAGCCAUCUGAACUGGUGAAGCAGCCUCAGGAUGUUACAGAGAACCCGUACAGGGGCGGGAAGAAAGAGAAGCCAGCGUUUGACACAUCAAAGGAGGAGGAGCCAGCCUCCCAGUUCUUCUUUGACCUAAGCAGGGGGCAGGGAGGCAGUCCUCGGGGCCGCGGCAGGAAGAGACACGUAGAAGAAGACAGGUGUAAGCAGGGACAGCCCCGGGACGGAGAUGGACACAGCCAGAGACAGUCACAUGAUGGAAACAGGCAACACCAAGGACAGCCCAAACAACCUCGAAGGCCCCCUCAGCCCACUGGUCCAUGUUGGUUUUGUCUGGCCAGUCCGCAGGUGGAGAAGCACCUGGUCAUCAGCAUAGGAGCACAUUGUUACUUGGCAUUGGCUAAAGGUGGUCUGACGCCCCACCACGUCCUAAUCCUGCCCAUCGGACACUACCAGUCUGUGGUGGAGCUGAGUUCAGAGGUGGUGGAGGAGAUGGAGAAGUACAAGACAACCCUCAAGAAGUUCUACCGGAGCAAAGGAGAGCGCUGUGUGAUUUUUGAGAGGAACUAUCGAAGCCAGCAUCUGCAAAUACAGGUAGUCCCGGUACCAUUAGAUAAGUGUGCUACUGAGGACAUCAAAGAGGCCUUCAUGGUCCAGGGGCAGGAACAGCAGAUGGAGCUGAUGGAGAUACCAGAACACACUGACCUCAAGCAGAUUGCUCCUCCGGGGACCCCGUACUUUUACGUAGAGCUGGACUCCGAGGAGAAGCUCUUCUAUCGCAUCCAGAAACACUUCCCGCUACAGUUUGGAAGGGAGGUGCUAGCUAGCGAGGCGGUGAUGAACAUCCCCACCCGUGCAGACUGGAAGGAGUGUAAGCAGACGAGAGAGGAGGAGGAGGAGUGCAGCAAGCGUCUUCGAGAUGACUUCCAACCUUACGACUUUGCUUUGGAAGACUGAUGCACUCGCACAACGCACGUGCACCUCAUGGAUAAGCGGGUAUACUGGUGCUGUGUAGCCUUCUCACAAACACACUCAGUACAGGGGUCCGGGAAUAGCGGGAUGGAGGGAGCUGAGGAACAUGAUUUGCCAUAAAAAAAAAAAACGGCAUUUGGCUGUUUAUUUUUUUCAGUGGAAGCAGUUUUCACGUUACCUGUCAUGAUUGUCACCCGAGUAUCUAGUGUCGCCACCUGGUGGUCUUUUAGGAUGCUAGAUGUCUCCCAGUGGUGAUGCUGAGGAAGGAAUUGUUCCAUGCAGCCAAACAAAAUUCACACAAGCAGCAACAUUUUGAGCAUAGAAGAGGCCAAAUACACACACACACACACAGGUCUCGAAUUCAGGCAUCUCAAGGUUUAUGUACAGAGGUACAAAUUUGGUGUGACGUGAAAAGUAUUUUGUUUUUCACAUCAGUGUGUAUUUUUACAUGUUCAGAGGUUAAAAGUCUCUUCACCGAAUCAAGUCCAUUCAUCAAAAACAUGCCCCCCCCCACUAUUCUAAAACCGAGUGGCGUCCACAUUUGAAUUGUUCAUGUCAUUACAGUUUGACGUCAUAUUUUGGUCUCAUGGUGUGAAAUAAUUCUGGAAUGUGUCUCCUCCACCUCUUGUAUGGCUUUGGGAGUACCUCAAGAAGUGGCGGCGUUGUUGACGAGACCAGUAAUUUGAGCGUAUUUGAUGGUUUAAAUUUUUUUUUAGAAUUCAAAUUCAGUACAUCUGCUAUUUAAGUAAGCGUCUGCCUGGGAAGGCUUGUUAUUGCAUUAGCAUAGUCAUGAGUGCUAGCAGGGUUCCCACAGCUCCCAGUACUUCCACAGUAACAGGAUGGAAACUGGAUACCGGCUGGACGACAACAAAGCCGGUAUGUCGGGACUGAUUCACUGAAGCCUUCAACCUCUUUUCUAUUAACUGUCCUUGAUGAGUUUUGUGUUUUUGGGCACUUGUACAUUGGAUUUUUACCUUUAAUUUGAGGAAAUUUUUUUAGAGAUAAUUGCUCAAAUUUAAAUUUUAACAUCUGUACACAGUUUUAUUUUGUAUAUGCUCAAUGAUUAAACUCAUUUUUUUAAAUCUG